UGGUGCGCUGUGUCCCUCGGACACAGCGGAUCACCGAUCAACGGAAAGAGCCGAAGAUGUCAGCUCGGUCAUGUGAUCAGCUGUGUCCAAUCACAGCUGAUCACAUAAGUGCCACCUGUCAGUGUCCAUCAGUGCCAGCUGUCAGUGCUCAUCAGUGCCACCUGCCAGUGCCCAUCCGUGCCACAUCAAUGCCACAUAUCAGUGCCUACCAGUGUACAUCAAUGGCACAUAUCAGCUGCCUUUCAGUGUCACCUGUCAUUGCCACCUAUCAAUGCCAGUCAGUGCCACCUAACAGUGCCAGUCAGUGCCACCUAACAGUGCCAUAUAUGAGUGCUGCCUUUCAGUGCCCAUCAGUGCCACCUACCAGUGCCUCCUCAUCAGUGCCAUCUAUCAGUGUCCAUCAGUGCAGCCUAUCAGUGCCCAUCACUGCAGCCUCAUUAGUGCACAUCAGU